CCUAGCGUUUCCUCCUCUUCGCCAUUGCGCAGGCGCGGACGGGCCGCUUCCGUUUCCGGUUGGCGGCCAUUUUGUUUUUCAGUGCUCUUUUUCCCAAGGUUUUCUGACAGGAGGAAGGAGAGGAUGUUUCGCUUGGCCAAGGGCGCGCUGGGCCUGGCGGCUCGUAACAUCCAACGUACAUCUGUGAGGCAAGUUCACCAGAAGCAUGAGCCUGAUUUUCAUGACAAAUAUGGCACCCUGGUUCUAGUUGGAGGAGCAGCCUUCUGCAUCUCGAUUUGGAGCUAUGUUAUAACGCAAACCGGAAUCGAGUGGAAUCUGUCUCCUGUGGGCCGGAUCACGCCAAAACCAUGGCGAGAGGAGUAAAGAUGAUCUUCGCAAGAUGGGAAGAGUCAUGAACUGAUUUAAAAUUUCAUUGGGAUCUCCCUACUGCACGCCUAGAAUGGCACUGUUCUAUUAUUCAUGAUGUAAUAAAAAUAUUUAAAAUUGAA